AUGUCGGAAAAGUCGGAAAAACCACCCAUCGAUGAUGCCGGUCUGGCAGACCAGACACUCAAGGACAUUGGCGAAGGCUUCAUCUCAAGUCAAGGCCUUAGCCCGGAAGAAGACAAGAGGAUACUUCGCAAGAUCGACAUGUGUCUCCUGCCUGUCAUGGCCAUGUCCUACCUGUUCCAGUUCCUCGACAAGUCUGCGCUCAGUUACACCGCCAUCAUGGGUCUGCGGGACGAUAUGGGUCUUUCUGGAUCGGAGUACUCGUGGGCUAGUAGUAUCUACUACUUUGGGUAUCUCGUUGCCUCAUACCCUGCUGGCGUUGCGAUGGUCACACUCCCAGUGGGCAAGAUGAUCGCCACUUCAGUUCUUGUCUGGGGUAUCAUCCUCAUGCUCACUGCCGUUUGCUUCAACGGCGCCGGCCUCCUCGCGAACCGUAUCAUGUUGGGAGUAGCAGAAGCCGCGAUUGCGCCAGGCCUCAGCAUCGUCGUCUCCAUGUGGUACAAGCGUUCUGAGCAACCACUCCGACACGGUGCCUGGUUCCUCGGCAACACAAUCGCCGGCAUCUUUGGUGGCAUCGUCGCCUAUGCCAUUGGGCACAUUGAGAGCAUUGCGCCAUGGAAGGCUGUGUUCCUCAUCUUCGGCGGUAUAACCACCGCCUGGUCCUUCGCCAUCUUCUUCCUCCUUCCGGACACCCCGAUGAAGGCGCGCUUCCUCAGCGAAGCCGACCGCGUCAAGGCCAUCGAGCGCGUCGAGGAGAACAUGACCGGAAUCAAGAGCGACACGUUCAAGUGGAACCAGUGCUUCGAGGCCCUCACCGACAUCAAGGCGUGGCUUCUUUUUACAAUCCAAAUCAGUGCGCAGAUCGCCAACGGCGGCGUUCACGGGUUCGGCUCCAUCGUGAUCAAGGGCAUGGGCUUCAGCACGCUCAACACGCUGCUGGUGCAGAUGCUGGGCUCGGUGUUCCAGCUGGUGUUCGUCCUGAUGGCCACGGGUGGCAGCACGUACUUCAAGAACAGCCGGACAUAUUGGAUGGCGUGGAACCUCGCGGUGUCGAUUGCUGGCGCGGCCAUGGUGAGGCAGAUCACGCCUGAGUUGAAGUGGGCGAGGUUCAUGGGGUACUGUUUGACGAUUGCUUACAGCGCCAACUUCCCCAUGAUUCUGUCGAUGUCUUCCGGAAACUUUGGUGGUUUCACCAAGAAGACGACCGUCAAUGCUAUGAUCUUCAUCGCGUAUUGCGCUGGCAACAUCAUCGGACCGCAGCUUUUCUUCGAGUGGGAAGCUCCUUCGUACAGGAGCGGCUUCCUGGCCAUGCUGAUCUGCUAUGGAAUUGGUGUCAUUAUGUGCUUUGUGCUUCGUUAUUAUCUCAUCUGGGAGAACAAGCGCCGGGAUAGCAUUGGAGAGGUUCUAGACACCGCCGUGGGAGAUCAUGUGCCCCUGAACCUGCUGGAUAAGACCGACAAGGAGAUUCCUCAGUUCAGAUACGUUUACUAA